UCUCCUCUUUGUUUGUAGUGGUGGACAACAGCUAUUUUUGUUCACUGUCAGCCGAGGAGCUAGCUAGCUGCUCGCAACAUACGCUGCCAAACAUAGGCCUACUCACUGUAACUUUGUUAUUCUACACGAGCUGUAAAUAUCCACAUCCUGGUUUGAUUGAGUAAGAUGGUCGUUUUGACAAAUAACAAUGAAGAACAACAGGAUUAUAUCCUGAUAGAGGAGCGUAAAUGCACCUCUCUGCCCAACUCUCCAGCCAGGAGAGUUUCUCCCACCAAAAAGAAGCAGUUCUUUAUCAACCAAGCCAUCCGUAACUCUGACCUCACUCCCCGAGCCAAAGGCAAGAAGAGCCUGCGCCGACAGGAGAACACACGCUUUCUUGCUAAUCUUCUUGAGAGGGAUGAGUGCUCCAAAGAUGAUCUGGAAGUUUACAGUAACCCAGCGAUCCCAUCCAUCUUUACUGAAGCCUGCACCAAUGGAAACUACAUAGAGCCAUGGAAUGACUUCAUGAAUUGCUCCGGUGAGGAGCAGGAGAGGCUGCUGUCACUGCUGGAGCAGGAGGAGGCCAAGAAGAAAAACAAAGACGAGAGGAAUGUAAAUCCUGCCUUCAUUGCUCAGGACUGCUUCCAGAGAAUCGAUCGCAGGCUGCGAGCGACUCUCAAGCGGAAACAAAUCCCCAUGGGAAUUCUGGAAGUACUUGAGGAAAACCUUGUGAGCUUCUUCAACACUCAACCUCACUCAGUUUACACAACCAACCUCGGCAGCAGCUUUGAGAGACUGCUGCUUCAUGCCGUCUGCCAGUAUAUGGACCUCGUCUCUGCAAGCACCGACUACAACGGGUCACGUCAGACUGAAGUGGUGAACAAACAAGAGGAGUUUCUGCCUCCUAGACUUCUGCUGUCCGUCUACUUGGAGAAGAUGAGCUGAGGUCAUGACCAAGACAUGUUUCCCGUUUCUUCGGCGCAGCUCUGCUGCAGGCAGGGGCUCUGAGAGGUGUAGAUAAGGCUGUGUAAGUUGUCUGUGUAAUGUCUGCCAAGCUCAGAAAACAGAGCUGCUUACUUUUUCUCUGUUUGGUCUCUAGGAAAUUCUCCAUUAAUUGUAUCUGUAAACUCGUCAGAGUUCUUCGACCCCCCUGUAUGUAAACAGGGGUACACAUGGCAAAUGUUAUGUUAAACAUUAGCAUGUAAGAAUGCUAACUGUGGGCAUGUUCGAAUGCUGCGGUUAGCAUUCAGCUCAAAGCACAGCUAAACCAGAGUAAAUUAAUUGACAAAUUACAACUUGCCUUGAGAAUAACUCUUUUUGACCAGGCCAACUUUCACCUUCUGCCCCACUGGUAAAGAUAAGAAUCUAACAAUAGCAAAUGUUUUUUAAUCCUUCCAACAGUUUUGUUUUCUAGUGUAUAAUAAGUUAAAUACAGCAUCAUGGAGCUGCAUGGCUCUAAUGAACUACUGUUUCCAUACUGCACUGGGAAUUAAAGGAAGUCCCUUUCCCAAGUUUUAAAUAUACUCAUUAAUAUAUUAAAAUUAUGGGCAUUAUUGAUUCUUAACUUUAAGAAUGUAAUAAUCUCACAACCUGAUUUGGGAUUGGACUUCAAAAUAACAAAUACAUGACACAAGGAAAUUACAUUUCAUACAAUUCUAAAAAAAAAAAAAAAAGAUUGUCAUUUGCAUUAUAAUAGUAUUAUGUCAAAAUAAGAUUUAUGAGUUGUAAAUUAAAGCAGGUUAAUGAACAGUUGGUCUAUUCUGUCCCUUUUCUCAGUGCAAAUGAUAGAAUUUCACAACUUUAUUAAAUUAAGACAACAUGAUAUAUGACUUUUCAAUCUUCUCACACAGGUGACGAUGCCACUAUCUGAUGUAAUUGUAUCGCUAAUUGUUAGUUUUAUUCCUCCUGAACAUUGCUUCGUUAUGAUCUGACUCACAACCACACAUGGCUUUGGAGUGUUUCCAUCGUAACGGCAACCUUCCCUCCCCCCCGCAUUAUUUGGUGAGAACUAGAUAAUGAAACCAUAUUUAAUAUUAAUUAAUUCCAAUAAAGCACAAAUUCACAACGGUAAAUAAUGACAAUAUUAACCUAGAAAUGGAAAAUUUGCUUGAAACCUGUUUGUUUAAAGUCUUGGAUGUGCAGCUCUGUUUGCAUCUCUGUGAGAACUCUGUGUUGCUAAUGAGGAAUGACAUUUUGCAAAGGUGCUAAGAGGAAUGCAUCAGGAAAUACAUCACUGCCUGAAGGAUUAGCCUGUACGAUUUGUGUAAGGCAGUGAAGUGUGAAGCAUGAAUAUUAAUCUCUCUACAUUAUAUGCACAGACACAUCACUCAUAGGUAAAGAAGGAAAUGGCUUUCAAGGGUGGGAAAAAACAGCUUCUGGUAUAUCUCUGCAUUAUGUGUGAGAAGAAAACUCCCUCUUAAGGUACAAUCUUUGGGAUUUUUUCUGUGUAUCUGUCUCUGCUGGCUUUGUCCAAUCUUAUCACCUUGUCUACACCGGCAUCAUCUGAAGGAUACACUUAGAUUUUAAACAACCAAACUGAGUAUCAGAUUGCUGAUGUGCUGCUUUCACUGCACACUGGUGUAGACAAGUGCAAAUGUUCUUUCUACCAUUGGUCAAAGACAAGAUAAGGAACUACAAUAUAGUUAAAAACUUGCAAAUAUCCCUGUACUUUGAGAUGUAUUCAUGGUUUCUUGCUACAGUGCUCACUCAGUUUACACUUAACACACAAUUUCAACGUUUAAAGUCUCUUUUUUUUUUUUACACACACAGUAUGGUUUAAAGGUAUACUGUAUGUGCAGUAAGUGUGUUACAUUGGCAGAAAAAUAACCACCUUUAAGGUGUUUUGAUGGUAAAAACCUGCCGAGUGUUGACUCCCAGUUAUGUUUCAUCUCAAUAUUAAUCUUUACAACCCUGGAAAAGCACGUCUGCCUGAUGAAUACAAGAUUCUCUGUUCGUUUUUUCUGUACAUAUAUUUCAACAUUUGUACUUGACUGGACUUUGGAAACUAAACAAAAAAUCGUAUCCAUCGUAUUUUUUUUUUAUACUGUCGUCAGCAGUGUAAAACUUGACCUGGUGCAACAACCAAAGUUUGUGUUUUGUUUGUGUGGAAAUCCAGUUUCUCAGGCUCUCAAGUCCUCUGAAUGUUACAUAGUUUAUCUCACAUGGUGUCCUUUUCUGUGUACUGUAUACUUUCUUCAAGAUGAACUUGUUUUGAUCACGUUAAGCCCAGCACCGUGGGGCGCUGCCAAUUUUUUAACUACAUGUAGAAGUAAUUGCUGUUAAAAAAAAUUAAAAUGAACUCAGAUGGUUGCCUUGUGCCAACAUUUGGUUUGAAAAAGCCUAAAAUAGCCUGAAAGCUUUAUACACUAGACUAAAACAUCUGUGUGUGUUUAAUAUGUGUGUGCUAACAGUACCUAUUUAUAAUUAUCACUGCAUCUAUUAAAAGAUUUAAGAUA